AACGUGCCGUCCUUGGCCAGCUCUCCCGCUAUCUCUCUCAGAAUGACCUUCUUGAUCCAAAUCAGUCAGGUUUCAAGACUAGUCAUUCAACUGAGACUGCUCUUCUCUGUAUCACGGAGGCGCUCCGCACCGCUAAAGCUAACUCUCUCUCCUCUGCUCUCAUCCUUCUAGACCUAUCGGCUGCCUUCGAUACUGUGAACCAUCAGAUCCUCCUCUCCACCCUCUCCGAGUUGGGCAUCUCCGGCGCGGCCCACUCUUUGAUUGCGUCCUACCUGACAGGUCGCUCCUACCAGGUGGCGUGGCGAGAAUCUGUCUCCUCACCACGCGCUCUCACCACUGGUGUCCCCCAGGGCUCUGUUCUAGGCCCUCUCCUAUUCUCGCUAUACACCAAGUCACUUGGCUCUGUCAUAACCUCACAUGGUCUCUCCUAUCAUUGCUAUGCAGACGACACACAAUUAAUCUUCUCCUUUCCCCCUUCUGAUGACCAGGUGGCGAAUCGCAUCUCUGCAUGUCUGGCAGACAUAUCAGUGUGGAUGACGGAUCACCACCUCAAGCUGAACCUCGGCAAGACGGAGCUGCUCUUCCUCCCGGGGAAGGACUGCCCGUUCCAUGAUCUCGCCAUCACGGUUGACAACUCCAUUGUGUCCUCCUCCCAGAGCGCUAAGAACCUUGGCGUGAUCCUGGACAACACCCUGUCGUUCUCAAGUAACAUCAAGGCGGUGGCCCGUUCUUGUAGGUUCAUGCUCUACAACAUCCGCAGAGUACGACCCUGCCUCACACAGGAAGCGGCGCAGGUCCUAAUCCAGGCACUUGUCAUCUCCCGUCUGGAUUACUGCAACUCGCUGUUGGCUGGGCUCCCUGCCUGUGCCAUUAAACCCCUACAACUCAUCCAGAACGCCGCAGCCCGUCUGGUGUUCAACCUUCCCAAGUUCUCUCACGUCACCCCGCUCCUCCGCUCUCUCCACUGGCUUCCAGUUGAAGCUCGCAUCCGCUACAAGACCAUGGUGCUCGCCUACGGAGCUGUGAGGGGAACGGCACCUCAGUACCUCCAGGCUCUGAUCAGGCCCUACACCCAAACAAGGGCACUGCGUUCAUCCACCUCUGGCCUGCUCGCCUCCCUACCACUGAGGAAGUACAGUUCCCGCUCAGCCCAGUCAAAACUGUUCGCUGCUCUGGCCCCCCCAAUGGUGGAACAAACUCCCUCACGACGCCAGGACAGCGGAGUCAAUCACCACCUUCCGGAGACACCUGAAACCCCACCUCUUCAAGGAAUACCUAGGAUAGGGUAAGUAAGG